AUGAAAGGUUUGGGGUUCACGGCAUUGGCCGCUUCCAUAUUUUUAACCGGUGCUACAGCCGAAGAAACGUUCACUGUUACCCAUACAAAAUAUAUCACCCCAGCUUGUUUCGAGCAGCAAUUUAGAACUGCACUCGAUGGUAAUCCUGAGUCACUAACCACUGGAAUUCCUGUUGUUUUCCGUUAUGCAAAUGAAGGAGAAGAUGAUCAACCUGAGAAAUUCGUCUCUACCGAGUACCUUACCCACACCAAAUGUUCUCAAAAGAUAUGCUUUACAAGCAUGGAAACCAAGCAGUAUACAAAGACAGUGUCUCCCACUGCAAAGGCGCAAUCUGAGCAGGUCGAUACCGCAAAGACCACUGGAAAUACUAUUACUGAAAAGUCCAUUAUUCAAGCAGCUUCUACGGCUACUGCCAAUUCAAAAGCCAAAUCCAAAGGAAGAUCCAUACUCUAUGUGUACGACACUGCAACCAACAACAAUGAUGUUGACGAGACCGUGACUGGAGCCGUCAGAACCACUACCAAGACGAUUUUCAAGGCCACAGAAACUCCGGAAGUGAUUUAUAAACCCUCCACUUCGAUAGAGACAAUUACCCAAACUAUGAGAGAUCCACUUGUGACUGCGUCCUCAAAGUCCAAGGAGUUGACCCGCACAAUUGAAGAGAGCCUGAUCACCGCUGGUGCUACUAUUUCUGCUGUUGCCAAAGUGCCGGCUGCUAACUUACUGUCGAACAGUACCAAUGCUGUAUUCAACAGCAGCCUUGCCAGCACGACCAGCACCAUUGACUUGAGAAUCUCGAGUACCUUAUUGACGGUAGCGCCAACUAACAGGGCUGCGGCCGUCUCUUAUGGUAACAGUUCGACGGCUUCUUCAAGUAUUAUACUGGCUUAUUCAAAUCUAUUGAGCAGCGCAGUGUCGUCUGCUUCACUUGUUGCUAGCGCAUCAUCUUCUGGGUUGUCUUCUUCAGCGUUGUCUUCUUCAGGGUCACCUUCGUCUGCUUCAUCUGCUUCGUCGGCUUCGUCUAGUUCUGCAAGAAAAGUCAAGGCAGCUGCCAACGGUGCAUACUCUGGUGAUUUAUUCAAGGCAAUUGCAUCAGAUGAGCCACCCUCGAUCUUCCCAAGAAAGGAAUUACCGUUAUCGAUUCCACAGGGUGUUUCGAAUGAUAAUGUUCCAUAUGAAACAAAUAAGUUCUUUGUCAAUUUGUUCUUGGGUGAACAAACCGAUAUGAUUUGGUCAUAUCCGUAUGGUAUGUACUGGAAGAAAACCGACUAUUACGGCUUUGCAGUUCAACACACGAAUAAAACCAAUAGGGUUUUCGGUUCUUCGGAUACCAACAACAAGGGAGUGGACUCUUACUACUUCAAUCCGAUCCUUGAUGGUGAGUUGAUCUUUUCGGCUACAUCUUUGACCAAAGACGCAAAUAAGUUGACUGUGUCGAACAUGAAGAGUAUGUCUGCCUUGGUGCAAUUGUCUGAAGACGGAGAUGUGUCGUCUAAUUACAUUGACAUACCUGUUGUCCAAGGCAUGGGAUUUGUUUCUGCGAUCUACCAUGGAGAUUUUGUGGCUGAAUUGAACUCUAUGGUUGGAUUCGACCAAGUGACUCAAGAGACCUCCAGCAAGUUGAGCUCCAAUGUGCUCAAGUAUAGAGUGAAAUUGUUCAAUGGCAUCGAAUGGUUGGCAUACGUUACUCUUCCAAACGGCAGCACAAGUGACUUUAAAUUGUCUGCCAAGUCGUCCUACUCGAUCGAAGGAUCCAAGGCUGUCGAUGGACUUUUGUUGCAAAUUGCAGUGGCUCCAACCUCUUCGAGUGAUGAAAAAUAUUACGACCAGGCUGCUGGUCAAUAUGCUGUUUCUGCUAGCGUUGAGGGUCAAGUAUCGCUGGGCAGCUCUGUGAGCUACUCUUUCAAAUAUGAGACUGAGGGAAGUUCUAGUUCUGGAAAAACCAUAGUUUUCGCCUUGCCCCAUCACUUAGACAGUCUUACCGGAGUCACCAAGCAGUCUUCUACGGGCAUCCAACUCACUUCCACCACCAAGGGUGAUAUGACUGCUUUCUUGACUAACGAAUUGAGCUUCAGCGAAACCUUGACGUCUUCUCAAGUGCUGUUCCUUCCAUGGACAAGUCAAAUGACUUCGGCGCUUUCCUACACCAAAGAUCAACUUCAAUUGUUAGCAAAGACCGCCAACAGCGAGCUUUCGGUGGACAUCAACAACGCGGUGAAUUCUGUUGAUUCCACCUACUCUUCAGGAAAGGUGUUGGACAAGUACGCAUACAUUCUUCUCGUGGUAAGUGAUAUCAUUGGCGAUGACGACGUUGCGAAAGAUACUCUUGCUCAGCUCAAAGAUGCUUUUGAAGUCUUCACCUCCAACAAGCAGUACUAUCCUUUCAUGUACGACACCAAGUUUGGAGGAGUAACUUCAACCGCUGCUCAGAACGGUGAUACUGGGGCAGAUUUUGGUGCACCAUACUACAAUGAUCAUCACUUCCAUUAUGGAUAUUAUGUCCACGCAGCUGCCGUUGUUGGAUAUGUUGACAAGAAAUACGGUGGAACAUGGGCUGAAGACAACAAAGAAUGGGUUAAUUCGUUGGUAAGAGAUGUUGCAAAUCCAUCAGAAGACGACAAAUACUUCCCUGUUUCAAGAAUGUUUGACUGGUUCGCAGGUCACUCGUGGGCAUCGGGAUUGUUUUCUUCGGGCGACGGUCGUAACGAAGAGUCUUCUUCUGAAGAUUACAAUUUUGCCUAUGGUAUGAAAAUGUGGGGUAAUGUCAUUGGAGAUGGUGCGAUGGAGGCUCGUGGUGAUUUGAUGAUCUCGAUCAUGAGCAAGGCCAUGAACAAAUACUUCUACUACACCGACGACAACACUGUGGAGCCCAAGGAAAUCAUUGCCAAUAAGGUUUCUGGAAUCUUUUUCGACAACAAGGUUGCUUAUACAACCUACUUUGGAUCACCUUCCGACCACCCAGAAUACGUUCAUGGAAUCCACAUGCUUCCAAUCACCCCAGUUUCGUCCAUAAUCAGAGGUCCUACCUUUGUUGAACAGGAAUGGGACCAACAAAUAUCCACAUUUAUCGAUAAUGUUAACAGUGGCUGGACAGGAAUCUUGAAGCUCAACCAAGCAUUGUAUGAUCCCAAAUCGUCAUACGAAUUCUUUUCGUCUUCCGACUGGUCCUCCAGCUACUUGGAUGAUGGACAGAGUAGAACGUGGAGUUUGGCGUUCUCAGGUGGUGUUUCCAACCUGAUUUGA